AUGUAUAUUCUCGGUUGGGAUAUCGAUUUUGGUCACUUGGAAGCCGUCAAUUUGAUUUCCAGUCAAAAGUACAGCGAAAAGCAAAUUGGUUAUUUGGCAGUUACUUUAUUAUUUCAUGAAAAUAGUGACCUUGUACGACUUGUUGUGAAUUCCACAAAGAAGGAUCUGGACGAUAUGAACGAGAUUAAUAAUUGCUUAGCAUUACACGCCAUUGCAAAUAUCGGUGGUCGGGAAAUGGCGGAGAGUCUUGCUGUGGAUGUUCACCGUUUAUUGAUUUCACCAACAUCAAAGAGUUUUGUGAAAAAAAAGGCUGCAUUGACCUUGUUACGUUUAUUCCGUAAGCAUCCUGAUGUAAUUCCUGUCACAGAUUGGGCAGAGCGCAUCAUUUCUUUGAUGGAUGAAUAUGAUUUGGGUGUGGCACUCAGUGUAACUACAUUGAUCCUUGCUUUAGCUCAAAGUUUCCCCGUAGAGUAUAGUGGAUGUUAUGAAAAGGCCGUCAAUCGUUUAAAGAGAAUUUUGAUCGAAAGAGAUUACAGUAUGGACUAUAUUUAUUACAAGGUACCUACACCUUGGUUACAAGUCAAGUGUCUCCGUCUUCUUCAAUAUUACCCUCCUCCCGACGACGUUAAAUUACGCUCUGACAUCAGCGAGCUCUUGCAGAUCAUCAUCACCAAUUCUCAAGAUGCGCCUAAGAACGUGCAACACAGUAACGCCCAAAACGCCGUCUUGUUUGAAGCCAUUAACCUCGCCAUUCAUCUUGACAGUAACUCCACGAUUUGUGCUCAAGCGGCCUCACUUUUAGGCCGCUUUAUUUCCAGCAAGGAGACCAAUGUGCGUUACCUUGGUUUGGAAACCAUGGCGCAUUUAGCUGCUUGUGUUGAUUCUUUGGAACCCAUCAAGAAGCAUCAAGAAACCAUCUUGUUGUCAUUGCGCGACAAAGAUAUCAGUGUCAGAAGACGCGGUUUGGAUCUUUUGUAUUCCAUGUGCGAUACCUCCAAUGCCAAGAUUGUUGUGUCUGAAUUGUUGAGAUACCUUCAAGUGGCGGAUUAUGCUAUGCGAGAAGAAAUGGUGUUGAAGAUUGCAAUUUUGGCAGAGAAAUUCGCAUCUACGUAUUCCUGGUACGUGGAUAUCAUCUUGCAAUUGAUCUCGACAGCGGGCGAACAAGUAGGAGAGGAGGUCUGGUUCCGUGUUGUACAGAUCGUCACCAACAAUGAGGAAUUGCAAGAGUAUGCAGCUAAAACCGUUUUGAAUUAUCUGGGCUCGCCUCAGUACAAUGAAACCAUGGUUAAAGUGGGUGGUUAUAUUCUUGGUGAAUUCGGUCAUUUGAUUGCCAAUAUCAAUGGCUGUAGUCCUAUCGAACAGUUUAAUGCGGUGCAUGCCAAAUUCAAUCUCUGCUCACUUCAAACUCGCGCAUUAUUAAUGACCACCUACGUCAAGUUUGUGAAUCUCUUUCCUGAAAUCAAGGGCCAGAUUUUACCUGUGUUGAACCAGUACAGAUAUGUCUUGGAUGCUGAACUUCAACAACGUGCUUGUGAAUACUUUUCCAUAUCCACAAUGCCAACAGAUGAUAUGCUCCAAACUGUGUGUGAAGAGAUGCCUCCUUUCCCUGAACGUGAAUCGACCUUGUUGCUCAAACUCAAUCAAAAGCAAGGUGAUACUGAAGAUAAACGUGUAUGGGUCAUUGGUGGGCGUGAAGCCAAUAUGGAACGUCAAGAUAGCUUAAAACGUAUGGUCUCUGUUCGUUCUAGCUCGGUAGACAAUGUCCAUGCUGCUGCUUCAGGAUCUCCCUUGGCCCCUGCACACAUGCCUACACGGUCUAAUACCAUGCCACUCACCUCAUCUCAGACGAUCCAAUUAUCUGAUGAACCCGAUUUACUCAACUUUAAUGAUCUUUCAUUAGAUACCAAUCAUUCUUCUCCUCCUUUGCAACUCUUAAAUAUUCCCACUAAUACACCUUUAGCCUCUGGUUAUGAGCUCGGUUACAACCUCUUACAAUAUAACAAGGAAGGUGUAUUAUAUGAAGAUUCUCAAAUGCAAGUAUCUGUCAAAUCCGAAUACCAUGCCAACCAAGGGCGUCUUGCCUUAUACUUGACCAACAAAACACCUUACACUAUGUCAGAUAUCAAUGUGGUGGUGACACCUCUUGAGGGACUCAACAUCAACCUUGCACCUGCUGAUAGUCAUCUACUCUCAGCUGGUGGACAAACUCAACGCUUGAUCACAGCCGAGUGUGUAGAUGUGUUUGCCAAUUCACCCGAUCUUUUUGUGACGUACACAGUGGGUCCGGAGACUCCCAUUCUUCACUUGAAACUUCCCAUUGUACUCACCAAGUUCCAAGAACCGAUUACAACCAUGGAUGGUACUAACUUUUUCAAACGCUGGAACCAAAUUGGAGGACCCCCUCGUGAAAACCAAGUGAUCUUUACAAGUCAAGUGCCUAUUCAACUUUCGACCGCUGCCUCCAUCUUGCAAGGCUUCGGGAUAGGAUUAUUGAUCGGUGUGGAUCCCAACCCUAAUAAUUUUGUGGGUGCGGGUAUUAUGGACUCUGGUGCAAGAGGUGAUGUAUCGACUUACGGUCAGAACACCUACAGAAGGUGCUUCAUCUGUUGUACGUGA